GUCCCGCCAGCGCCGGGUCCGCCUCUCGGGGGUUUAGGCGGGCUGCAACAGUGGCGCCCGCGAGCAAAGCGCCGGCCUCGCCAGGAGAGACGCGUGGGGAGCUGCCGCCGCCGGGCUACCGCGCUCGCGCGCCAUGCGGCGCAGGAGGCGCAGCUAGCGGCAGCGAUCCGGAGCGAGGAGCGCAGUGAGCAUGGCCGCGCCUGUCCUCCGCGCCGGGCUGCUGCUGCUGCUGCUGCGGGCGAUCGCGGCGCUGCUUUGCCAGCUGGUGGUGGCCGGCUCGACGCUGGAACUGCUGGGCGGCGGCGGCGUUUACGAGGCGGAGCGUGGCCGGGGCGGGCGGUGCCAGGCCAUCGAGAUCCCCAUGUGCCAAGGCAUCGGCUACAACCUGACCCGCAUGCCCAACCUGUUGGGCCACGAGCACCAGCGCGAGGCGGCGCUCAAGCUGGAAGAGUUUGCCCCGCUGGUGGCCUACGGCUGCCACGGCCACCUGCGCUUCUUCCUCUGCUCGCUCUAUGCGCCCAUGUGCACCGACCAGGUAUCCAGCAGCAUCCCGGCCUGCCGGCCCAUGUGCGAACAGGCACGUCAGCGCUGCGCACCCAUCAUGGAGCACUUCCACUUUGGUUGGCCUGACGCCCUGGACUGCUCUCGCUUGCCUACCAAGAAUGACCCGCACGCCCUGUGCAUGGAGGCGCCCGAAAACGCCACCACGGCUGAGCCUCACCGGGGUCAAGGCAUGCUACCCGUGGCACCACGCCCUGCCCGACCUUCUGGGGAUGGCCCCAGUGAGAGCCGACCGGGCAGCAGUGCUUCAUGUGAGAACUCCGACAAGUUCCAGUAUGUCGCCAAGAGCCUGUCGUGUGCACCCCGCUGCUCCCCUGGAGUUGAUGUCUUCUGGUCACGGCGAGACAAGGACUUUGCUUUCAUCUGGAUGGCCGUCUGGGCCACGCUCUGCUUCGUCUCCACUGCCUUCACCGUCCUUACCUUCCUCCUGGAGCCCCACCGCUUCCAAUACCCUGAGCGGCCCAUCAUCUUCCUCUCCAUGUGCUACAACGUCUAUUCGGUGGCCUUCAUCAUCCGCUCGGUGGCCGGUGCUGAGAACAUCGCCUGUGACCGGGAGAACGGGGAGCUAUACAUCAUCCAAGAGGGGCUGGAAAGUACUGGCUGCACCAUUGUGUUCCUCAUCCUGUACUACUUUGGCAUGGCCAGCUCCCUCUGGUGGGUCAUCUUGACUUUGACCUGGUUCCUGGCUGCUGGCAAGAAAUGGGGCCACGAAGCCAUUGAGGCCCACAGCAGCUACUUCCACAUGGCAGCCUGGGGGAUCCCCGCAAUGAAGACCAUUGUUAUCCUCACCAUGCGGAAGGUGGCGGGGGACGAGCUCACUGGGCUCUGCUAUGUGGGGAGCAUGGACGUCAAUGCCCUGACAGGGUUCAUCCUCAUCCCACUCUCCUGCUAUUUGGUCAUUGGCACCUCCUUCAUCCUGACGGGCUUUGUGGCGCUCUUCCACAUCCGCAAAAUCAUGAAGACGGGCGGCACAAAUACUGAGAAACUGGAGAAGCUCAUGGUGAAGAUCGGGGUUUUUUCCAUCCUCUAUACUGUCCCAGCCACGUGUGUCAUUGUCUGUUAUUUCUACGAACGUCUGAAUAUGGAUUACUGGAACCUGCAGGCCUUGGAGCACAGCUGCUUGCCUUUUCCGGGCCAUCGAAGUGUGGACUGUUCCUUGGAUGCCUCGGUGCCCACGAUGGCCAUCUUCAUGCUAAAGAUUUUCAUGUCCUUGGUGGUGGGCAUCACCAGCGGUGUUUGGGUGUGGAGCUCCAAAACUCUGCAGACCUGGCAGAGCCUGUGCAACAGGAAACUGGGAAUGAGGACUAGGGGGAAACCAUGUAGCGGGGUGACCUGCACCGGAGCGCACUGCCAUUACAAAGCUCCUGCUGUUAUGCUGCACAUGACCAAGACAGAUCCUUACCUGGACAACCCAACACACGUCUGAAGUUGGACCAGCCCAUCUCUGGAGAGCAGAAGCAUCAGGGAGCACCACCACAGUGUUGUGGAUCUGCCUAAUGCCUAGCAGGUUUCAGCAGACAGCAUGGAGCUAACGUGUGGGUUGCGUGGGGGCUGGAAGAGGAAGGAAGAUUGCAAAUGUGGCUGGAGAGAGGCACCAGCAGAUUUUGAGGGCAUCUCUACCGUAUUUGCUUGGGGACCCCUAAGGAAUGCCCAGAAAAGAUUUGCACACUUCUCCCUCUCUGCCUCUUUCUCAAGUAAUGUUUUUCCCCCCAUAGUGUUACAGUUUAAGUGUCUCUGUUUGCCAAAAUCCAGCAAUUACUUUAACAUUUUAUUUUGGGGAGAGGAUUUGUCCAAAGUUAUUUAAUUCUGUAAUUUAUUUUAGUUUUGUUUUGUUUUUUUUUAAAAGUAAGUUCGUUAGCUGAAAGUAAUAGAAGAGGAAAGAGAAAAGAGACCCAAUAAACUCUGGCUGUGUUAUUUCAA